AUGCGCAUCAGUGCUGCGCGAAGGAAAUGGGUCGAUCAUGGCGAGACGUUCUCUAAAGACUUCACCAAUGCUGAAGCAAUUGCAAAUGGGCCUUCGUGCGUUCUUAUUACUGGCGUCAAGAGUCUGGAGUUGUAUUUGUUACUUACUGAAGAAGCAGGUUUAGUAAAACGAAAAGUCUUGGUAUUAGACUUGGAUGAAACUUUAAUUCAUUCACACCAUGAUGGUGUAGUCAGGCAAACUGUAAAGCCUGGAACUCCUGCAGAUUUUGUAUUGAAAGUUACUAUAGAUAGGCAUCCUGUACGAUUCUUUGUACAUAAACGGCCUCAUGUUGAUUAUUUCCUCGAUAUUGUAUCCCAAUGGUAUGAGUUAGUAGUUUUUACUGCCAGCAUGGAAAUUUAUGGUGCUGCUGUUGCUGACAAAUUAGACAACAAUCGUGGAAUUUUGAGGAGGCGAUACUAUCGUCAACAUUGCACACCUGAGCUUGGAAGCUACACCAAGGACCUCUCAGCUAUUUGUGGGGAUCUUGCAAGCAUAUUCAUUUUAGACAAUUCACCAGGAGCAUAUAGAGCAUAUCCAGAUAAUGCCAUCCCUAUAAAAUCUUGGUUUAGUGACCCAAUGGAUACAGCUUUACUGAAUCUUUUACCUGUGUUAGAUGCAUUGAGAUUCACUCAGGAUGUUCGGAGUGUGCUCAGUCGCAACCUUCACCUCCAUCGCCUCUGGUAGCACAAUGUGGGUGAGUGUGUGGGAUGGGCUGCAGCAAUGACUACAAACAGUGUUCAUAAGACAUUUCACAUUGCACCUUGUGGAUAAAUAAAAGUGUUUCUCAUUUUUAAACUUCUAGUUACUUGUCAUGGAGACUUUUUCUUUAUGUUCAUUUUUAUUUUUGGAACUAUGAACAUUAUUGUGUUCAUAUAAAAUGAUCCUUCUUUAUAACAUACCUUGUUGUUUUAUUGCAAGUGUGUUUAACAAUUUUGUUAUACCUUUACUUCUCAAUUCAUGUGAAAUUUUGUAGUUCAGUUACUUGGUGCUCUGAGCAAUGAUGCAAUAUCUAUGCAAUGUCAUGUUGAUAGCAGACAAAACAGUCAUUGUUAUCAAUACAUUUAAGAUUUUAGUAGGAGAAAAAUAUUUUUUUACAGGGACUCAGGUCAUCAUUGAAUUUAUGAUAAAUAUAUAUAAAACAAAUUAGUCCUGCACAGAAUAACAUGACAAAUGAGGAUUUAGAUUUAAGUAUGAUACAUUUUUUGAUUUAGAGCAAUUGAUAUUACAGAAUGAUAGGACAUCUAUCAUGAAAAUAAUCAGCCUUCAACAUUAUUGACUGUGUGCAGUGGUUAAUUGUGAAUAGUAUGUUAAAAUAAUUUAUUCCAAUUACUGCCAACUUGCAGGUUCCUACAUUAAAGUCCUCGAGUCUCCAUGGUGAAGUCUUUUUGAGAAAUACAAAUAUUAAGUGAACAAUGGCACAAAUAUUGGAUCUUUUUAUCCUUGACACAUCAGAUUAGAAUUUAUCAAGUAAUAAAUAAUUAUAGAUUUCAGUUUUGAAAUAAUUAAUUAUUGUUUUCUGUAUCAGAAAACUGGUUAUGUUGAAGUGUUAAAAAAGAAGCUAUAAAAGAUAUAUGAAGAAACAUAACUCAAAAGUUUUUUACUCGUUAAUGUAAUAAAACUUUGUUGUGUAUCAAAUGAAAUUUUACCCUACUGUGCACCUAUGCUCUGUAAAAUCAUGAGUGUGUAAAGAAAAUCUUUACUAGUGCUAAGUAUGCCAAGCAGUAUGUUAGAUAAUAAUUGUAUAUAUUCGUGAUGAUGUGAGUACACUUAAUUUUUGAAUUUUGUCUGCAUUGGCUUCCAAAAUCCUGCUGAGGGGAAAUUCUACUCAUAGCAAGGCAGAGUGGAUCAGUAGAGUAGCUGGGAAUGAAUUUCAGGGUAACAGUUACCUCUUAAAAUUUAUCAUGAGAAGCUUCCAUCUAUAAUCUCUUGUUUUUAACAUUUGUCUGAUCUUUUUUAAACUUUAAAUUUCUAAUUUAAGAUGUCAGUUUUUCUUUCUAUUCAAGAAUGAAGUUAUUAUUUUGAAAAAUGCUGGUGGUAAUCAAGAUUUGUUAUUGAUCUUUUAUGCUAAUACUUAUUUGGAUGAAGAAUUUAAAUUUUUGGCCAAUUAAACAAAAUAGAGAUAGCUCUUGCUAUUUUGAAGUUUCAGUCUUUUAAAAAUCAUUGAAGAAUGUUUGUUUUAUUACUCUUUAUUUUCAUACAUGAAUCCUGGUUUUUUAUUUCUCUUUUUUUAAAUUUGUCAUUGUUACUUGUGUUAGAAUGUUUCCACUAUAUGUGUUAUUUUUUUUGUAAGGAGUGAAAAUUCCUAUUCUUGAUUAAAUUAUAUUCUGAGUUUUUGAAACAGUAUGUUGUGUUAACAUUGCAUGAAAAAAGUUUGUUGUAUUCAAGACCAUUUUUUGAGGUUUUAGUGACAAUUUGAUUUAUUGCUUUCUUUUCUGUAAGAUUUUGCAAGAGCCCCAAAUCACGUGUUUUCUGUUUUGACAUGCUUCUCUCAGAUAGAAAUAUGGACUUCAUUGUUGUUGAAAUCCCUGGUAAGGACAUUGCAGAUAUUGCUGUAAAUAUAGCAUAGAAUGCUUGAUUCUGUCAGGCAUUGUAACAAUUAGUGUAUGAACUUCCCAAUGUACAGAGUAGUAACGAAUGUGAGUAUAGUUCUUUUAUGCAAUGAAUUAUAUUAUGAUGGUGCAAAAUUUCAUUCGUUUGAGGUUGGGAUGAAAGAAAGCAAAAGGUCAGUAGUGCUUGAUCUCCCAGAUUCACUGUUCAAUAUGGUGGUGAGGAAUGGUAGCCUCCAAAAACAUGGUUUUCUGAAGUCACUGUAUGUAUAUAUAUAAAUUUGAUUCCUCUAUUUUUAAUUUCUUGUGUUAAUAAAAGCUAAUUGAAGUUCCCUUAUUUCGUGAUCUAUGGACCUAUAUGUUGGAAAGAUAGUUUGAUGUGUAGACUUGCAAAUGCUAUAAAAGAAUACCAUUUGUUAUCCCCUUUCAUGUAUCUGAUCCUUCAGUUGUAGAAAGGUAGUGUGCAAGUAUGUGAUGCCAGUGAGACAAUGGAGUGAUAUGAAAGAGUACAAUUUUAUUUGUAUUUUAAUUAAGAUCUAGUGACUCAUUUUGUUGGAUUCGUAUGAGUGUACUAGUGAGAUAAUUAUUUAUAUCGUUUGAGCUCUCCCUUUGUAGACUGAAAUGAAUUGCUCCUAGUAAUUUUUAAAUAAUGGAUGUGAUACUGUUUGGCAUUCUUACUUGUGAUGUUUUUGUAAAUACAUUUGAAUAUGAUAAAUGAAUGUUUAUUUCGGAAGAAAGUUGCAUAACUGUUUUGAGUCACUUUAGUGAUGAAUUCACAUAAGUACAAGUAGGAGAUAAUUGUGAUGUAUUAAGUGAACAUAGCGAAUUGAAUACCUGUACGUUUGUGAUGUGAGCUGAAACGUUUCAUUUUACGUACAUACAGAGCUCUACGUCUGUAUAAUUUGUAAUAUUUGUGAAGUAAAAUGUUGAUCAAAUCGCAACCGUUUUUUUUUUUUUUCUUUCUUCUAAUGCUUUGUGAAUCACUACAUUUUGUUUGUACUUAGAU